CGGUGUGAAUGACAGAUAAGAACAUACUCCAACCUCUAGGAACUAACAGAACGCAGUCAUCUGCUGAGCUGCAGGUGGGCUCCAUAGGAAACAUGAAGCAAGAUCGGCCUGUGAGAUGUGACCUUCAAGUGUUUCAAAAUAAUAGUGAUCAUCGGACCAUUGCCCUAAGUAAGGAGACUUGCCUUUUUCUCAGACGAGGGCAAGAAUUCACCAUCAGUUUGAAAUUUCAAGACCUAACUUUAAGACAGGAGGAUCUGAGCAAGUUUACCCUCAUUACAACAACAGGUCCAAAUCCUUCAAAACUAAAUAGGACUAAGAACACUUUUAACAUUUCCAGCCUUGGUGACAGAAAAACCUGGAGCGCCAGAGUUGUUGACUGUAUCCAUGGCACGUGGAAGGUAUCGAUCACUUCACCAGCUGAUGCCAUCAUCGGAUAUUACUCACUUUUAAUCAAAAUCAACAGUGGAAUCAUUGAAGACCUUGGGGAAUUCAUGAUGCUCUUUAAUCCGUGGUGUGAAGAUGAUCAGGUGUACCUCUAUAAUGAAGCAGAAAGGCGCGAGUUUGUUCUCAGUGAGGACAGCAUCAUCUACCUGGGCACAGAGAGUUCUGCUCAGCCUCAUCCUUGGCACUUUGGGCAAUUUGAAGAAGACAUUCCCGAUAUUUGCCUUAAGUUUCUCAAUAUGAGCCCACGUUAUCAGGAGGAGCCAGAAAAACACUAUUUGAAGAGAAAUGACCCAAUCUACAUCACCCAAGAAAUUGGUGACAUGAUUGGCAGGUGGGAUGAAAGAGACAGAGUAAAUUUCAUGUGCGAGAAUGGAAGACCAUCUUAUGCAUUGCUGAGUAGUGUCCCUAUUUUACGUUUAUGGUUCCGAGAUGAAACUCAGCCUGCUUAUGGACAUCACUGGGUUUUUGCAGCUGUACUCUGCACAGUGUUACGAUGUCUGGGGAUUCCAACUCGGGUUGUCACAAACUACAACUCAGCCUACGAUACGGACCAGAGUCUGCAGAAGGAUAUAUAUUAUGAUAAGAAUGGAGCCCGGAUUCACAGAUCAAGGAAUGACAGUCUCUGGCAUUUCCAUGUAUGGAAUGAGUGCUGGAUGCAAAGAAGAGAUCUCUGGAAAGAAUACAGCGGAUGGCAGGUUCUUGAUGCAACUGCACAGCUGAAAUACAGCGGUGAGCUGUAUUGCAGCGGUCCUGCCCCAGUAAGAGCCAUCAAGGAAGGUCAAGUGGAGCUAAAUUAUGACACAAAGCUCAUCUUUUCUAAGGUGUAUACAGACACAGUGGUCUUGGUAAGGGAUUCUCAAGGACGUUUUAGAAAGGCAUAUAGCAAGAUCAGACAUGUUGGAGAUGGAAUCAGCACAAAGAGUGUCGGAAGUGAUGCUCAAGAUGAUAUUACCCUAAACUACAAGUAUCCGAAAGGUUCUAAAGAAGAACAUGAAGCCGUAGAAAGAGCCAAGCAGCUAAUGCUUAAAUACCAUGAGGACACCGAUAAUAACUUGAUGUUCCUCAGCCCGGUCAUUUUGUCCAUUACAUCCAAGAAUGAACAGCUGUAUGGAGAAGACAUUAGUCUUAGUGUGAUAGUGAGCAAUGUGAGCGGAGAGGAGAAGGAUCUCGAGCUUGUACUUGGUGCUCAGUCUGUACAUGACUAUGGCAUCACAUGGACACAGUUCUGGAGUGAGAAGUUUCAUUUCCAUCUUUCCUCAGGGGAAGAAAUUAGUGUCUCUGGAAGGAUGAAUUACUCUACGUACAAGAAAGAACUUCUGGAGAACAACCUGAUGAGGAUUACUGCUCUGAUGAAAGAACCAAAACAUGACCACGGCUGCUAUGCUCUGGCAGAUCAAGAUGUGACUAUUUGUAAACCAUCCCUGGUCAUUCAGCCCAAGGUAGCUGUACAGUUUCAACCGAUAACAGCCAUGGUUGCUUUAUCCAACCCCCUAAAGGAGACUCUGAAUGAAUGUUUGAUAAGAACAUCAGGCAAAGGACUGCUGCACUGGAGAGAAGUUUAUAGAUGUAAAGAUGUGUUACCUGGAGACAAAUUACUCUACCCACUUACCUUCAUUCCAACACAAGUUGGUGACCAGAGGCUCUAUGUACAGCUUCACAGUGACAAGCUUGGAGUGAUCAAUGGAUUCCAAGGCCUACAAGUGUUAUCCUGUGAUGUUCAAGAGUGGUCUACUCACCACUGGGAGGAAUUCCAUAAAAUGACAGAAGACAGCUCCAGGGAUCAAUCUUAUGAUGAUGCUCUUCUUUCUCUCGGCAUCCGAACAUUGGAAACAGUCUUAUUUGGGCAAGACGUACCUAUUACUAUGAAAGUGUCCAACCACAGCCAGAGAAAGAACAAUGUGAGCGUGUUCCUCUAUGCUCAGUAUCUGGAUGACAAUGGAAUUGGAUGCCCAAACUUCUGGAACGAACGGUCUGAAUUGUCUUUACAGGCAAACCAAGACAACACAGUGAAAGCUCAGAUUCAUCGCCUGGAGUAUGCAGUGUCUCCAUCAGAAACCAACGUGAUCCGACUCAUAGCCCUUGUUAAAGAUGUGAUUGGCACACAUUGUGUAAGCAAGAAGCUGAUAAUACUUAAACCAAAGGUGGAGAUCAAGAUGCCAAAGGAGGCGUUACAGUACCGUCUCAUCACAGUACCAGUCAGCAUCACAAACCCACUGGAGGAGAAACUAGAGGGCUGCGUUAUAACAGUAUCUGGACAAGGACUCAUACACAAGGAAAGAUCAUAUAGAUGUGAUACUAUUGACCCAAAUACAACUGGUCACUGCACCAUCACCUUUUCUCCAAGCCAAAGUGGAGUCCGAAAACUGCACGUGAGAUUUGACUGCAGACAGUUUCGUGAUGUGACGAGCUGCCAUGAUGUAGAUGUUCUCCAAACUGAUAUUCUACCUGUCAAGUGAGGACGAGGAAAAAGCGACCAUACAGAACAACCGUCUGCAAUAUCGUCCUGGACCUAACCUAUAUAGCUCUGGAUCUGAAUACUUUUGUAAUGUCAUGUAAUUAAAUAUUUAGUAAAGCCACUGAGCUAUUCAAUAAAAUGUAUCUGUAUAGCGACA